UUCUCAAUGCAAAUAAAAUAGCGCAGCGUUAAAUAUUGUUUUCACCGUCGUCAAGGGGCAUGUAACUCUAACUGACGCAAGUGCCCGGAUGUUGCGAUAUUAUGAAUGAAAACUUAGCUGUUGGUUACUCACAUGUGCUUAUUUAAAUUGUUAAUAUGUCUCAACACAGUUCAGAAGCAGUGAAGCACUAUCCCUUAUGAAAUCUCCCAGGGCCAAGAUGAUGUGUUUAUUGAAAAUAUGGAAUUGAUUGACCAUUUUUAUUUUCACAACAGACCACCAAGCAUUAUUACUGUAGUGAUAAUAUUACAAGUGAUGUAUUACUACUUGAUGAAAACGUGUCCACUUCGAAUUCUGGUGAAGACAUUUACUAUGAGUCAGACUUAAAUGUCAGUUGAUUUUGUCUAAAAAUUGCUGUAAACAUACUUUAAAGAAAAUCUUAAAUUAUGAAUAAGUACAGAUUUAGGUACACAUGAAUCAGAAAACAAUAUCGCACUCGGAAUGCAUUAUCGACUGAAGAAAUUCGAAACCGAUCUACAAGUAGAUCUACUGUGUUUAAAAAACAACUCUAUUUAGGUCGUUGAAAUUGGACGCCAUUUCUUUACAAUUCUUUCAAUUGAACGUGAAUUGUUCCGCAUUUAACUAUUAAGAUAUUUAUGUGUUUCGGUUAGCUGCGGAUCGUAAAAUUGUGUAUUGGUAUACGUUGGUUUGAAUGCAACAAGAAAAAUGAGCUAACUUAACUCGAAAUUUUUGCUUAACUGACAUUGUGAUUAAAGUGCAUGGUUGAUACUGUGGAAAUCACGCGAAUACCUGCCUUUCAUUUAGACAUUACUGUAAUUGUGUUGGAAUUGAUUUAAUGCUUUAGUUAAGUAUCGAAUUGACGAGGUUUAAAAAUUGUAUUAACAGUGGAAUUUAAGGUUAGCUUUACAAUGAUAUUUGUAAGUUUAUAAGACUUUCGAUUUAAGUAGCUUUCAUUCGCAGAAUAGACUUUAACGUUCACAUAUAAACAAUCUUUAAUAUACAUCGGAACUAAAACCUAAGUUUAACAUAACACGGAUUAUGUCCCUUAAGUUUUAUUGAUAUUGUUAUUUAAAUUGCACACUUGAUCAUAUAAACUAAUACUUUCUGCUGUAUAACAUAAAUUGAUAUGCACAGUCAAAAUAUGUCGAACCCUGUCGUGCUCACUUUAUAUUACUUCGUGCAGGAUACUCAUAUCUCUGACAUUGACUAAGCCAGGUCGCAUGCAGACCACGAAUGUUUCAAUAUUAGCUACAGCACCGUAUAAAUGGCUGAUGGAGGCAUAAUACGUGAUGUACCAGGAGGGAUCCCUAGACAAGUCAAUGUGUCCUGCAGUCCCACUGUGUUUCAAUUUGAACAACUGUCUGCAGAAACAUGUAUUCUGAUGAAUGUUCUGGGCUAUGGGCCUCACAUCCGACAGGCUCGGAUAGACGCAUUCAAAGCUCAUGACAGGCAUAUGACUGCACUGGCGCGUGGUAAUUCAACGUGGGUCACUACGGGUAGCAAGGCUGAGGGUCUUACCAACUAUAGGGAGAGUGAUACAGACUCAAUGUGUGUUACAAAUCAUGUAAUGUGUUUAGAAGAAGGUGUUGAUUCAAGUAUUGUUCCUGGCGAGAAAAGCAUAUUUAGAUCCUGCAGUCGUAUUAGUUACCAUGGACACUGUAGAUUGCUACUAGAGAGAUACGGUACACGCAUUCCUACUAUAAUAAACAAUGCCUUGUGUGAUGAUGGAUAUGGUAGUGGACUAUUAAGCAGUGACUUAUAUGUUAAUCAAAUGCUGAAUGUAAAAUACAUGUAUAACGAAAGAACUGUGGGACAUGAGCGUGCGGGACCGUCUGCGCCAUUUACAAGUAAUGGUAUUGAUCAUGCAGAUUUAGUGGGUGCACUACAUUUUAAAUGCCCCAGCAUCCUAACAAGAUGGGCGGCAAGACAUCGCAACUGGCCAUCAUCUGACGUUGUUCAGGAGGUUGUAUCACUAGGAGCAUUUGUUUCUCCUGUUGGGGUCAAAGGCAGCGAUUAUGAACCUGUUGAAUGGAGAAUGUGUUUCAACACCGGAGAAAACAUGCUGGUAAAUAAUCUCCAUGACACUCAAGUGAAACUGUAUGUUUUAUUAAAAAUGGUGAAGAAUGAUGUACUAAAACCUUGUAAGAAAGAGGUUACAUCGUUUAUAGUGAAAAAUAUUGUAUUAUGGAUAGCAGAAAAUAACCCACAGUCAUUGUUUAAUGAAAGAAGUCUGUUUCACUGGCUGCAUGAAGGAUUAUAUGCACUAAGAGUUGCUAUAGAUACGAAGGAGCUGCCAUAUUACAUGAUUCCUGAGCGAAAUCUAAUGGCAGCCUGUGCUCUGGAGCAUGAGCAGAAGCUUUCUUUGAUAGCUACUAUUGAUGAAAUGAUGAAAGAUGGUCCGAGGCUCAUACUCAGACUACCGAAGAUACGACAAGCCAUAAUUGCUCACCCUGAGCCACUACGAUGGUACAGCGGGAGGAGGAUAGAGGUGGAGAUGCUGCGGCUGAUAGCCAGUAACCGGAUGGUGGAGAUACUGCAGCUGAUAGCCAAAAACCGUAUUGAUGAAGAGACGGAUGGUAUAUUAAAACAGGAUGUUAUUAUGCAGGCAAAUCUUAGACGCCAGAAGGAGAUUGUUAUGGAGGUUGGCCUGAGGAUGAUUAUGGAAGGGAGUCGAGUAAAUGAUAUGGGGGAUGUAUUGAAUAGUAUGUUGAUGUAAAACUAAGACACAUAUCAAACGCCAUUUGAUUUGUACUUGUAACUCCCAUAUAUAGAUGUAAGGAGUAAUCGUCUGUUGGUUAUUGAGAUUUAUUGUUUGGCAGAAUACAUUGGAAAUGUAAACUUCGUUAAAAAAACAGUUCAUAUAAAAUUGUGAAAAAUGUUGUAUUGUUCCAAUAAUGUAUAUAAAACGACGAAACGAUGAUAAAGGGCUGAUAUAAAAUAUUGAUCACAUUUCACGAUAAAAUAAUUUUUCAAACAAUUGGGCUCUCGUAAAAUCGUAUCUCCAUGUUGAAUGCUAUCUAGGGUCUUAAACUAUGUCCAUAUGUGUUUUGUUGGACAUGUCUUAAUGUAAGAAUUGUUAACUAAAUCAACAUCAAAUUAAAAUGCAAGAAGGUUUAAUAUGUCUGUCUUUAUAAGAGAACAACAUGCUUCUUCAUUUAGUAUAAAUAUGUGUUUUUGCACUUUCUAAUUAAAAGUAUUUUUGAGAACAUUUCAUCGAAACUACCAAACGAUGCAUCCUUAAACUUUUCUCUACAUUAGCUUGUACGUCAUGAAGAUGUUCAUUUCAAGAUAAAAGGGUUGAACAUGUGUUAAGCAGGCUUGUGUUCUUUGAUCAAACGUCCGCAAAUUUAUUUCGUUAAAUGUUUGCUUCAUAUGUCAACCUGACAUGCUAUUGUCGAGAUACGAUUUCGUGAAUCUAACUGCUGAAUUGUAUAUGUUGUUAUUGCGUGCGCUUGAAAACCAUUUACGCAAAUUUGCUAAGAAUUUAAUAAUACAGUCAGUAUAGAUUUCCUUUUUACCCAUUUUGUUGUUGAAGUUAAUUUUUGCAGUUGAUGUUUCAAAUAAUUUAUAUUGUAUUUUAUCCGUGAAUUAUAUAAAUAUAUACGCUCAGUUGAAUCAUCCGAAGGGAUAUUAAAUAAUUAAAACUCUCUGAUUAUACUCCUUUAAUUGACGUUUCGGCAUAAUGCCUUUAUCAAAAGAUUGGAAAUUAUAUGUUAACUACAUUUUUACGUCUUUGGACUGCACAAUUUAAAUAAAAAAGAAAAAUGUUUUAAACGUCAAAUGACGUUGUACAUGAUGACGUCAUAAAUGGCGCUAUUUAAAAUUGCGCUAAAAAAAAGUUAAAAA